AUGGAUGAAGAGGAGCUGGUGGAGUAUUUCAGGACUCAGAUGAGGAAAGACCCGGACAUGGCCUCAGCUGUGGCCGCUAUCCGCACUCUGCUGGAAUUCCUCAAGCGAGACAAAGGUGAAACCAUCCUGGGCCUGAGGGAGAGCCUGACGUGGGCCACAGCCUGCCUGACACGAGUGGACUCCUCGGUGGCCGUGUCCUCAGGAGGGGAGCUCUUCCUGCGCUUCAUUAGCCUCACAUCGCUCGAGCACCAGGAUCUGUCUCGUUGUAAGAAGGUGAUGGAAGAGAGGGGAGAACUAUUUCUAGAGAAGAUCGCAAUGUCCAGGACCAAGGUCGCAAAGCUCUGUCACACCUUCAUCAAAGACGGUGCUAAAAUCCUGACUCACUCCUACUCCAGAGUCGUCCUCAGGGUGCUGGAAAAGGCUGCAGCUGAGAAGAAACGUUUCUCUGUCUAUGUGACUGAAUCGCAGCCUGACUCAGCUGGGCGACAGAUGGCCGAAGCCCUGAGAAAACUCAAUGUUCCAGUAACAGUGGUCCUGGAUGCAGCCGUCGGGUAUGUCCUGGAGAAGGUGGAUCUAGUUAUUGUUGGUGCAGAGGGAGUUGUUGAGAGCGGAGGAAUCAUCAACAAGAUCGGCACGUAUCAGACGGCGGUGUGCUCCAAAGCCCACAACAAGCCCUUCUACGUUGUGGCAGAGAGUUUCAAGUUCGUCCGGCUCUAUCCCCUCAACCAACAGGAUGUGCCAGAUAAAUUUAAGUACAAAGCAGAUACCCUGAAGACAGGGCAGAACCUGUCAGAGGAGCAUCCGAUCAUCGAUUACACGCCUCCCUCCCUCAUCACCCUCCUCUUCACUGACCUGGGCGUCCUCACCCCGUCUGCCGUCAGCGACGAACUCAUCAAGCUUUAUUUAUGACCAAGCCUCAAAAGUCUCAAAUAAAAACCUUUUAUCAAAAGGUAA